CGCCGUGCCCCCAAAGGCUUCCCUGCUCGCCACUCUCUCAGGCUAGGCUUGAUCGACCUCCCCAACCAGCCAUGGCGGCGUUAUGACGCCACAACUCCUGCCAUUUGUGCGGGGGGCGAAUCGUUGAUCUUCCAAGGCACCGCACCGGAUGCCCUGGUCCGAAAAUGUAACGUGCCGCCAACCUGCUUGCUCGCAACCCCAAAUGCAGGGGAUCGUACUGCUACGACGUCGUCGUGCUCCCGUCCUCCGCCUAUAAAGUGCUCGAACGCCGCCGCCAACUCUCGGGCUUCCCCUCUGCUACCUCCUCGACGAUCCAUCGCCCCUGGCAGGCCAAGCGGUGCAUGCCUUGCAGUUCUGCUAGUUUGUCAGGAUGAUGGGGCAUCGAGCAUGGGGGGCGAUCUGCAUCCUUCUCUCUGUGCUCUCUGCGUCGACGGUGCUCGCAUCAUCGAACACCGAUGGCCUAAUCCGUAUCCGGCUGAAGAAGAGGUCGAUAAUGGAGAGCAUCUACGGCGAGCUUCUGCCCAAGACCAGCACGCUGGAGAGCCAAGCCGCGGCAGCGAGAGAGGUCGGUGAUCCGGUGCGGGCAGCCAUCGCGCAAGCUCGUGAGCGGGAGCACCAGAUGCUAGUAGAGGCUGCGGCAUUGGAGCGGAGACGCCAGUACUACUGGAGUUACGGCGGAGGCAGGGGGAACGGUAGCAGUUUGCGUGGCGGCGUUCAGUCCGAACUUGUUCCGCUGAAGAACUUCUUGAACGCCCAGUACUUUGGGCAGAUUGGGGUUGGCUGCCCGCCACAGAACUUCACUGUCGUCUUCGACACCGGGAGCGCCAACCUUUGGGUCCCUUCCGCCAAGUGUUAUUUCUCGCUUGCAUGUUUCUUCCAUCCCAAGUAUGAAUCAAGUCUGUCCAGCACUUACAGACCGAAUGGAACACCGGCUUCUAUUCACUACGGAACAGGAGCAAUUGCUGGUUUUUACAGCCAAGAUCAGGUCACGGUUGGCAAUCUAGUAGUUCAAAAUCAGGAAUUCAUCGAAGCUACUCAUGAGCCUGGUUUCACCUUUUUAUUAGCAAAAUUUGAUGGCAUCCUAGGGCUAGGAUUUCAGGAAAUUUCAGUUGAAGGUUCGGUCCCAGUAUGGUACAACAUGGUGAGCCAAAGACUGGUGGAAGAACCUGUUUUCUCCUUCUGGUUAAACCGAAACCCAAUCGAAGGGGACGGAGGUGAAAUUGUGUUUGGAGGUGCUGAUCCCCAACAUUACAAAGGCGACCAUACAUACACCAGAGUUACUCGGAAAGGUUAUUGGCAGUUUGAAAUGGGUGACUUCCUUAUUGGUGGGAAGAGCACUGGAAUUUGUGUGGAUGGUUGUGCGGCCAUUGCGGAUUCAGGGACUUCGUUGAUUGCUGGUCCUCUGGUUGCCAUUGCCCAGAUUCAUGAACAAAUUGGAGCUGCUGGAGUGGUGAACCAUGAGUGCAAACAAGUUGUUGCUGGGUAUGGGCAACAGAUGCUAGAGCUGCUGAAAGCUCAGACACCACCAGCCCAAGUAUGUUCCAAGAUUGGGCUUUGCACAUUCGAUGGAAAACAUGGAGUCAGCGCUGGUAUUGAGAGUGAAGCAGGAUCUGUAGAUGGCAUGUCUGAUGCUAUAUGCAAUGCAUGUGAGAUGAUAGUCUUCUGGAUGCAAAGCGAGCUCAACCUGAACAAGACCAACGAGGGCACGCUGGAGUAUGUCGACAGGCUCUGCGGCAACAUGCCUGAUCCUGUGGGAUCACAUGUGGAUUGCAGACGCGUCCACUCCCUACAAACUGUAGCGUUCAGCAUCGGUGGAAGAGCGUUUGAGCUCCGGCCUGAGCAGUACAUUCUCAAGGUAGGCGAAGGAUUCAUGGCACACUGCAUAAGCGGGUUCACGGCUCUGGACAUUCCCCCUCCAAUAGGCCCUCUCUGGAUACUGGGUGACGUCUUCAUGGGAGCCUACCACACCAUCUUCGACUACGGCAAAAUGAGGGUCGGGUUCGCGGAUUCCGCAUGACACGAGCAUUUCACUACAGUAGUCUCUGAUGAUGGAGUGAAGUAUGAAAUUUGGUUACUAACAUGGCUCAAGAAAAACUCUGCAUUGUGUACCAUUAGAUGUUACUACGCAAUGCAGAGUUUUUAUAGAGUGCACCCAGUAGAAAUGUGUAUCUUUUGCAUCAAGAAGAAAUAAAGGACACAUACACAACUUCCAUUAAUUCUUAGUUGUGGCCAUGUAAAGCGAGUAGCGGAACAAAACAACACAGAAGAUUAGGUCUUAGUUUUUUCUUUAUCUCUCGUACCAAAACAAAAACCAGAUGUUCAUUGGGCACCUCCUAUCUCCUGCCAUUCCGUCCGGAUAUCAUAAGCAAUGCAAGGAGUGGCGAACAUCAGCAACAUUUUCAUUGACGUGCAUCGAUUGCCAUCGCUCUGCUGACGAGGAGGCAUCCGAUCGCCAUCAUAGGGAAGACCUAACUAACAUCACGCAUGAGGCCAGAGAACCGG